CGAGCUGCCGUCUGCUGAGGAGCGCGCCUUGUCCAGCGUGUUGUGCCUCUGUUGCCGGCGCCUCUAUUUUGUUUUAUACUGUUUUAUUUAAAGUAAUUCAAGUAGUAUCUUAGUAUAAGGCAAAAAGAAAAAAAUAAACUUAAAUGGAUUUGGUGGAGCAGCGAUAGACUAGCUUUCAAUUUGUCAAGUAGCAUUUCGUCUGUUUUAUAAACGAAAGGCAUAAUACCAUUUAUGUGUGACUAAUACAUCAGAUUCUUUAUUGUUUUACAUAUGCCUUUAUUCGUGUGGGAAGCCCGCUGCAAAAGGAAACCGAAACAUUUCUACUAUCCAUCUCUGGCAUCGCACAUGGCUCGUUAGUAUCUUUAGACGACUGUAAAGCUUUUCUGUCAUUAGUUAUUGUUUGUAUUCUGUACAAGUAGAUAGAUGCAUACGGAGGAGUAAACAGCCUGUAUCUAGCAUGGGUCUUCGUUAUUUUUAUUUCAGAAGCAAAACGUGGAUGCAACGUACAUACAAUCGCCAGAGUUAGCAGCGUAAAAACCGUGAAAGAUACCGAGUACGUGUUUCUGAAUUAAAUCAUGUUACAUUUACUCCCUGCAACCGCAGAUCUGCACGUUUUCUGCAUGGUUGUAUAUGUGGUGUGGGGUCUAACGUGUGCGUAUCUUGGCAGAGGUAGUGUCACUGUCCCGUUCACCUGCGGCAUUGCACGCCCCGAUCCGGUGUAUGCAUUCCGACAGGCUGAUCUGCAGCUGGCAGCUGCCAGGCUUGGUGAUGGCUGAGGCCCGAUGCGUCUGGGAAGUGACAUCAUCUGCACUGCCCUGCCAGGAAGUCUUUUGCUAGUGAAAGACACCAAUAGUGAUCUGACUCGCCCUUGAGGUCGGAGCCCAAGCUUCAGUUUCUCCGAGCCACGGCUGAAGAUCCACCAUGAGCAUCCUCCUGGUGGAGCCCUUCUAUGGGGGCUCCCACAAGCAGCUGGUCGACCUCCUGCAGGAAGAGCUGUCCGAUUGCGUCCUGCACACGCUGCCUGCCAAGAAGUGGCACUGGCGCGCGCGGACGGCAGCGGUGCAUUUCAUGCAGGCCAUCCCGGCCAGCACCACAUACAGAGUGAUCUUCUCCAGCUCCGUGCUCAACUUGGCCGAGCUGAUCGCCCUGCGACCCGACCUCCGCCAUCUACGGAAGGUGCUGUACUUCCACGAGAACCAGUUGGUCUACCCGGUCCGGAAGUGCCAGGACCGUGACUUCCAGUUCGGCUAUAACCAGAUCCUCUCAUGCCUGGUGGCAGAUGUCGUGCUCUUUAACUCGUCCUUCAACAUGGAGUCCUUCCUCACCUCCAUCCCCACAUUCCUGAAGCUGAUGCCCGACCACCGGCCCGCAGGCCUGGAUGCCCUCAUUCGCCGAAAAUGCCGCGUCUUCUACUUCCCCCUCCGGUUCCCUGACGUCAGCAGGGAGCACGACAAAGACCCCGAGCUCUUCUUCACGACGCUCCUGAAGCUGAAGGAGGAGGGACUGAGCUUUCAAGUGUCCGUCCUCGGCGAGACAUUCACCGAGGUCCCAGACGUCUUCUCCAGUGCCCGGGAGUUGCUGGCCGCCCGUGUGCUGCAUUGGGGUUUCCUGUCCAGCAGAGAGCAGUACCUGGCGGUUCUCUGCCAGGCCGACGUCGUCGUCUCCACCGCCCGGCACGAGUUCUUUGGCGUGGCCAUGUUAGAAGCAGUUCACUGCGGGUGCUAUCCCCUAUGCCCGAAAGCACUGGUCUAUCCCGAGAUAUUCCCUGCUGAGUAUCUGUACGCCACACCUGAGCAACUCCGUAAGAGACUGAGAGACUUCUGCAGGAGGCCAGACCGGCCGAGGAGACAUCGUGUUAAGGUGGACACUGGUCUGUUCUCCUGGAGCACCCUCCAGUCCAGCUUCAUCUCUGUCCUGGCAGACUCCACCAGCGAAGAUCGGUGAUGGGGGCUGGGCGGGCGAGCGGGGGGGGGGAAUGGAGUCGUCGAGUUUCCAGCCCCAGACAGAAUCUACAUA